AUGGCUAUUAUCAACAAGACAGCUAAUAACAAGUGUCGGAGAGAUUGUGGAGAGAAAGAACCCUCAUUCACCACUGGUGGGAAAGUAAACUGCUCUUUCCCAGCUCCCCAGGCGGACUCGCGCAACGAUCGGGAUCAGAUAAACGAAGACAAGCGCCACUCCCAGGGCACAUUCACCAGUGACUACAGCAAGUAUCUGGACGCCAAGCGUGCCCAGGAUUUUGUGGAGUGGUUGAUGACCAGCAAGAGAACCGAUGGUGACAUUGCCAAACGCCAUGAUGAAUUUGAGAGACACUCUGAAGGGACCUUUACCAGUGAUUUCAGUUCUUAUUUGGAUGGCAAAGCUGCCAAGGAAUUUGUUGCUUGGCUGGUAAAAUCCCUAGAAAGGCAAGACCUCCCAGAAGCCUUUCCUGAAGCACUCCACCGCAGACAUGCCGAAGGCUCUUUCUCUGAUGAGAUGAACACAGUUCUGGAUAAUCUUGCCACCCAGGACUUUAUAAACUGGCUGCUGCAAAACAAAAUUACCGACAGGUGA